AUGGAACUCAAGCCGAGGAAGGCAGUGAUGGAGGCUAUAGAGGAUAUAGCAUACGGCUCAGUCGCUGGCGUCGUGGGCAAAUAUAUUGAAUACCCGUUUGACACAGUCAAGGUCCGCCUACAGUCACAGCUAGAUCACCUGCCGCUCCGGUAUCGAGGGCCGUUGGACUGCUUCCGCCAGUCCAUUCGAGCAGAUGGCUUUCUCGGCCUCUAUCGUGGUAUAAGCGCCCCUCUCGUGGGGGCCGCACUGGAGACGAGCAGCUUGUUUUUUUUCGAGGGUAUUGGACGGGAAACCAUCUACAUCUCGGGAUUUGCCCCACGCGGCCAAGAUCUUCCCUUGUCGGCCAUGUGGCUUACGGGCGCCUUCGCUGGCGUCUUCACUUCGUUCAUCCUGACGCCCAUCGAACUAGUCAAGUGCAAGAUUCAGGUCCCCGAGACGCAGUCUGGCGGUGUGGCUAAGGCAUCCCUGAAGCCCCUCCAGGUCAUCAAGGACGUCUUCCGCCACCAGGGCCUGCGCGGGUUCUGGCAUGGACAGCUGGGGACUCUAAUCAGAGAGGCUGGCGGGUGCGCCGCCUGGUUUGGCUCGAAGGAGACUGCAACCAAGCUGCUCCGCGAUACGAACGAGAAGUCGGCGAGGUCAGAGGCGGAGCUCGAGCGAAUGCGUGCAACACCGCUACCGCUUUGGCAACAGGCCGUUGCCGGUGCCUCGGCCGGCAUGGCAUGUAACUUCCUCUUUUUCCCUGCAGACACCAUCAAGUCCCGGAUGCAGACCACGCCAAUCGGUGACCCCGCCCAGAACCGGUCGUUCGCAAAGGAGGGGGCGGCCCUGUGGAAGCAGGCUGGGUUGCGGGGCUUUUACAGAGGCUGCGGAGUUACGGUCCUGCGAUCUGCCCCGAGUUCUGCCUUCAUCUUCAUGGUCUACGAUGGACUCAAAAAGUACCUUCCGAUGCAAUAA